UUGGAAGAAAUAAUUGUAGAUUUGACGUUAAAAACAAAAGAACAAUAUGUCAAGUGGUGACCCAAAACCAUCGCUUGAAUGGAUAGAAAUAGGGUCCAAGAGGUUUAAAGUUCAACGCCAGUAUCGAAGUUGCACAGUAAGUUCACACAUUACAUCACGUCAACCAAUGCAGAGGCAGUCAAAGAGGAAGAUAGUGAUAAUCAUGGUGAAGGACAUGGAAAGGAUGAAGAGCUUUCAUGUCUCAAUCUCCAGAGAUGAUGGUCCCAGUCAGCCUACAAGAAUCCACAAGACAUGCCAGGGCCCGUGGACUGCUAACGUCGAGCGCUUUUCCAUGUGUGAAGAACCCAAUCGCCCGCUUUAUUGGAGGUGGUUUUUCCGUACCAGUCACUACAAUCCACAAAAACCAACAGAACUACAGCUGCUUACUGGUAACAAGACGGGUAGAGAUGUACCUUAUGAUGAUAGCUUAUGGAUGAAAAUAUCGUUCGCCGUUUGGUCAAAUAACCAAUGGAAGGAAAACUCUUUCGUGAUGUAUUUUCAAGAUAAGGCGUGCUCAAAUAUCCGAGACAAUUUAUUUCCUGACUUUUACCGGAAGGUUUAUAAGAAGACAGAUACAACAGGCGUGUGCACAAUCUCACCUGGAGCUUACGAGGUCAACAACGUCCCUAUAAACUGGAAGUAUCCGAAAGUUCCAGUCAUGCCUUAUGGACUCUAUAGGCAAAGAAUUACGGCUGGAAAGAAAGACAAACUCUACGAAUGCUUAGUUGUACAAGUGCGGAUAAUGCCCAAAAUUGUAUAACACUGCCUUGUGUAUGGUUGUUUUUUUGUGUUUUUUUUGCUGCUAACAUUCGGAAUUGUUACUGGCACAUUUUUGACACGAAAAACAUUAUAAAGGUCACUCGAAUGUGACAACAAUUUGCCUAAAUGCCAAAACUUAAAUAAUACUUACGCAGUAAUAAAUUAUAAAAAAAUGAAAUGUAAAAGAAAUUACAAAUUGUCUCUGCUUUGUAAAGCUGUUUGUAAGGUCUACGGGCCUAGACAAUCCUAUGUGGGUCCUGCUCAUUACAAGAAUUAGGUUUACUUUGUUGAGUUCACCUUGCAUUCAAACGAACUGGUUGGGGGAAGCUUGUCGAACUGAAAUCCUGUUAUCCAUCGAAAUACAAUUCUACAACGGA